AUGAAUUCAGUUUAUGCUGGGAUUGAGCCCGUAGUUGGUUUCUGCAUUGAUCUCGAUUCUGUCAUUUCAGAUAACUCAAAACUUCUGAAGCAAUCAUUGUUAGAGACCUUAACCCGAUUUUACCCUUUUGCUGGAAAGGUCCGAGAUGAUUUUUACAUUGACUGUAAUGACGAAGGAGUUCACUACAUCGUGACACGAGUAAAUGUCAGUCUCCUGGAUUUCCUCGGUCAAUCUCCAGGAGAUGAAAUGAUCAGACGUUUAAUUCCAGCGUAGGCUAGAGAAUCACCUAUAGGAAAUUAUGUUCUCAUGAUUCAAGUGAACAUUUUUAGUUGUGGUGGAAUUGCACUGUGUACUUGCAUUUCCCACAAAAUUUUGGAUGGAAGUACUUACGCGGUGUUCUUAAAAGAUUGGACAGCUGCAGUCAGAAGAUCUUCUUCGGAAAUUGUACACCCAAGUUUCACCGGUCCAUCAUUGUUUCCUCAAAUUCCAUCUCUAUUGGACAAAUGUCCUAUUGACUUCAGCAAAAUUAACUUCCCAUCCCAGAGGUUUGUCUUUAGUGGUCCGAAGUUAGCAGCUCUAAAGGCCCAAACCGAGGUUUUAAUAUCAGAAUGUGUCCCAUCUCGAUUUGAAGUUGUCGCAGCCUUGUUAUGGAAAUGUGUUGCUAAAGCUGCUUCCAAAUCAUACGAAAGCUCUCUGGGAAAGCCUUUUAAUUUGGGGAUGAUCAUCAAUCUUCGCGGAAAGAACUGUGUGCCAAAAAACUCUGUAGGAAAUCUUGUUUGGCGUGGUUUAGCACAAUGCAAGCUUUCCCCUCAGCUAGAACCCAAGACACUGGUCCAUCAAAUAAAGAAGUGCAAGACGGAAAUCAAUGAUGACUUUGUGGAGGCUAUGAAAGAGUGAUCCGCAUGGCCAACCGUAUGAUUCAUGAAAAAAAAAUAUUUUAAAAUACUCAUGAAAAAAAAUUAAAAUUGUGGGGUGCAAAGUGAAAACCUGAAAUCUGUUAAUUUUAACGGUCCAUUAACAGAGAGUGGUCAAAAGGGUGCAAAGCGAAGCGCUUUUCAAACGUUAGGGUGCAUACUGUCAAAAAAAAUUGUUUGAGACCAAAUCGAAAAAGCGCCUAAACAUAAGGGGUGCAAAGUAUCAAUCACUCUAAAAUUUGUACAUAAACAAAUCAUUAUGUAUAAAAUUUUGUACACAUAAUUGUGCAACAAGUAUUUUCCUAUAAGGAAACACAUGACCAACUUAACUUCUGUGCCAUUAGGGUAUGGCAUCACAACUAUUUUCUCAUAAUCAUAAUCAAGCACAAGAAAUUCACAGUUUCUUGUACAACUCAAUCACACCAUAUAAAUCAGCCCUGCAUAUCAGUUCCGAGCUGGCAAAUCCAGCUUCUCUUCCCAGCAUACAGCUCUUUGUGAUCAUUGAACUGAUAUUGAGGAACAAGACAAGGUCCAUCUCAAGCUUGAACAAAUGCUCUCGUGAGAAGAGCAUUGCCAGAGGCUUCGGGGUUCUUUGUAGGAAGUUUCGAUGCGAUUUCAUCAGGAUGAAGGUAGCAAUCAAGGUCGACUUUGUGCAUAAUAAUGUCAAAUACAUUGAGCUCAAAGAGGGCACCCAGUACCCCAUGGACAACUGAAGAAUUCAUUAUCUACAUAGCAGUUAAGAACGCUUCUUGAUCAUGGAAUGCCAUCAUCUCUACUUUUCUCGUCUCCAGAAUCAUACAUUUAUAGACAGAUAGUUAAUCAAACGAUUUGCCUUGUACAACAUAUAUGACAUGUUAAGUUUCAUAUUUUUAUGCAAACAUGUUCACCUUGUGCAACAAAAAAUUGUCAUAUUUUGGGGACUCAAAAGAAGACAGAAGUUUCUCAUUUGUUGCUGCAAUAUUAACUGAUAGUUCUGAACAUUGAACUACAAAUUAUGCUUAUUAUGUGAAGAUCAAUUGUAAUGCCACUAGUUUCAUAAAUGAUAUAGGUUGGAUUGUCCGAUAUGUCAUUAUAAUACUUUUUAGAUUAAAGAAUCUAAA